AAGGCUAGAGGUGUCCGAUCCUCCAGUGCCGCGGGAGACUGGAGCUGGCUGUGUGACAGUUCGUCGGCCGCCAUGUCAGGGAGCAGGGCUGGAAACAGACUCGGCGCCCGGCGGUAGCACUUGCGUUGCCUCGGAUGGCCAGGCAUAGAAGGAGUUUGAUGAGACGUUAAACAUUUCCACAAAAGAUGCGCUAAUGGAUGACAGCGACUCUCCUACAUACAGUCUGCAGAUAGAGCCACAAGAUGGAUGUCAUCCGGGGGACAGCAUGGAAAGGAGAGUGACACGCUUGCCUUCUAUCUCAGAUGAAAAUGAAAAUCAGCUUGCCGGAGACGGACCUGCGUGUCUGACCACCAGUGACGGCGCCAUGGGAAGAGCCACGGUGUCUGAACAGGACAGUCUCAACAAUAACGAAAGCUUCCCUUCUAGCUGUGAGGCAACCCCCACAGAGAACUCAGAAAAUACUCCAAACGAAGGCCCCAAAGAUGACCCGCCUGUUUUGGGACAGGACAAAAAGCUACCUGGAAAAAGAAGUCCAAAGGCCAAAAAGGGCACUCCUAGGAGCACGCCUCCAGGUGAUGCCUUACCUGUAAUGCAGACACUGGAUGCAGAGUUGCUGGCUGCUGGCGAGGAGGAGACUGCCAGCAUGAAAGGGAAUGACCCGCCCAAGGCGCCAUCACUACAGCCACUCUUCUCGAUGAUCCGAGGCGAGGUGGAGCAGAUGGACUCUAGGGCUCUUCCCCUCUUCCUUCACCAGGUAGCGGAAACUUAUUUCCAGGAAGAGGACUAUGAGAAAGCAAUGAAAUUCAUUCAGCUUGAACGACUGUAUCAUGAGCAAUUGCUUGCAAAUCUUUCUGCCAUUCAAGAGCAGUGGGAAACAAAAUGGAAAGCUGUCCAGCCACAUACAGUGACACCUCUGAGGAAUUCAGAAAAGGGGUUUAAUGGUGAAGAUUUUGAACAGCUUGCUAAAAUUUGCACAACUCAUCAAGACCCUCUCUCGUCCAAGCUUAAGAUAGCACCUGUGGAACACUCACCAGGGAGGAAAAGCUUUCCCAGGGCAACAGUGUCUGAGGAGCCACUGGAGAGAGGAGCAGCAGCCAAAGAGCCAGAGAUUGAAACCUGUCCCAGCAUGGAUCCGAGUGGAGGCCGGCUUGAGGAGGAGCCCCAGGAGAGCAGCCCCGGCUGUCAUCAGAUGGACUGGCAGGCAGCUUCCCCCGACCUUCCAGGAACUGCAGGGAAGGACCACUUGGAGGAGCCGCCCUGCAGCACCAAUGCCACACUGGAGCUCCACACCCAAUCCCCAGAGAGCGCUGCAGGGAGCAGGUUAGGGCCAGCUGCUGCUGAGAAUGCCUGUGAGGACAGCAGCUGUGUGCAGGCACCUCCCUCAGAGGACCACCCCCAUGUGGCCAGAGAUCCUGAGGUGGCCCCUCCUAAUGAGUCAGUGACAGAGCCGCAGCUCUUCCUGAGCGGAGGCAACACUGCACCGCCUGGGUUAAUUUCAGAGGGUAAAUAUUCACAGACACACCGAAAAGAACUCUGCCUUCCACUGCAGGACGCAUUUGAAGCGCUGCCCAGGGACCAGCCUCAGAACUGGGAGCCAGCCGAGCCACGGCAGGCUGAUGUCACUGCCAGUGAUGGUAAAUCAGCACAGCAUCAGGCUGGCUUGGAGGCCGGUUCCAAGAGUAUACUUUGUGAUGACAGGAAAGCCUCUGAUGUAAGCACACUGUGUCCUGAAGUGUGUAUGGCCCCAGAAGAAAGUCGGGUUAGGGAAGACCAAGUGAGUAAGGAAACGGAAGACUAUCUAAACAGCCUUUUGGAAGGAUGCUUAAAGGAUGCCGAAGAUCCCCUGUCCUAUGAGGAUAUCCAGGACGACGACUCUGACCUCCUCCAAGACCUCUCUCCUGAAGAAGCAUCCUACAGUCUCCAGGAGAAUCUGCCUCCUGAGGAGAGCACACUCUCCCUUGAUGAUCUGGCGAAGAAAAUAGAGAUCGCAGAGGUUGUUCCUGCAGAAGGGCUGGUGUCCAUACUGAAGAAGAGGAAUGACACAGUAGGCGACCCUCCUGCCCAAAUGCAGCAGAAGCCGGCUAAGCGCAGAGUGCGAUUCCAGGAAAUAGACGAUAACCUGGAUCAAGAUGAGGUUGGCGGUGGUUCCUGUGUCUUGCUCGUCUUGCUGUGCAUAGCCACCGUCUUCCUCAGUGUGGGAGGGACUGCGCUCUACUGCACCCUGGGUAACAUGGAGUCACCUGUUUGCACGGACUUUGCUGACAACAUGGACUUCUAUUACACAAAGCUGCUGCAGGGGAUGGCAGGGCUGAAACACUGGGUCUACCUCUCCUAGCAGCAAGUGUGACAGGCGUGACAGAUGUGCUGACAAGACAAAGAAGAUGCAAACUUCCCAGACAGCUUUUAUUUUCAGAAGUCAUGAAACAUUCCCCCUCCCUGGCAUCAAGAACCCAAGGAUGGACAUUUAGAAACAGCAACCUUGAACAGCAGCCCAGAGAACACUGCUAGAACAAUCCCCAGCAGAAGGUGGCGCUGAUGUAGGCACUGAGGACAGGGAGCUGUGGCGAGCAUGCCCCUCUCCUUGCUGCUUCCCCUGUCGUGCAGGGCUCACGCUGAGACUAAGGACACCCCUGGUUUACAGUCUUGCUCCACAGGCAUGCCUCCCGCCAUCAUGCCAUAAGUUUCUUUGUCAUUAGAGAGAGUUACCUUAUGGCUUCAGCGCCACUUUUUAGUUAGUCUUGGGAGCUGUGUAAUUUAAGCCUUGGGCAUUACUCUAGAUCUGAUCUCUGUGAAAUGGUUGUGUGGGUGUGUGGGGGUCUGAAGCAGUAAUCACAAGUGGAUAGAUAGCCAGCAUAGAAUACAAAGAUUACCUUUAUUCUUUUAACUUGAUGACAAUGUGCAGGCACGAAUCUUUGGAGAAGGCUUACCUGUGAACUAGAUAAACUGUAGAAAUGUUGGCCCUAAACUGAGGAACUGACAGGCCUGUGGCAAUGAACUUGACAGGCCUGAAGGCACAGUGACAGAACUCCCAGGUCCCAGGUGAGAUUUCACCCUGGCUUCUGAACUGCCUCAAGUGUUGAGUGCUGGCCUCCACAGCUCAAGAGAAACUUCCUGAACAUGUGUUAUGUUCUAAGAACCUCAGGAUAGGAACCCAAAGAAGCUAUAGUUCCUACUGUGCAGGUGUUUAUGGAAGGUAAACCCACACUCUGAUGAAUGAAACAGACUACCAUAUAUAUGAUUAAUUAUAGGCCAUACACUUAGGUGUGUGGAAUGUGUGUUCCCAUUGUGGACCACUUCAUGGGGUUCACAAAGCAGAAAUCCAGUCAUACCUUAAAAAGACAAAUGCCUAGUUUUGUUUAAUUCUGUCAUUAGGUGGCCAUUCCUUAUUCGCGGUACAGUGAUCUAGCGUUUUGGAAGCCUUGCUUUGACUUUUUAUAUUCUAGGCAACAUCUUUUUUUUAAAGAUCAUGAAUUAUAGUUUUUUAGCAAGUGAUCAUUAGGGUCUUUUUUCCUGUGAGGAUCAUUUGGAAGGAAAAGAGAGAAAUUGCUUGGUAGAUGUUACUGGCUGGCACAGUACUUUCCUUUGCAUUUCUGCUUAUUUAUUCGGAGCGUGAAUUUCAGGGGCUUUGUUUGAGUUGAGCGUGUGCUGCAGAGCAUGCGUUCCUCCUCCCACCACUGCCUAUGUAGUUAGAUGCUUAGUGGUUUGUUUUAUACCGUUUCAGCUCCAUGUGUUUUUAGGCUUAUUUUGAAAUUGACUUUUUAUUUUCACUUAUAAUACUGUAUGGCUUAUCUCUUAUUAUGUCACCAUAAACUGUAAUAUUUUCUAUGGUUAUAGAUCAGAGUUAUUUAUUUAGAAGUAUACAGAAUACUGAAAUUUAGAUUCCUUAUACCUAAGGCUGAUUUUAUUAGAAGAUUAUUUUAAUGUCCUAUUAUAAAUUUUAAGACUUUGUAUUCAUAUCAUAUGUAAAAUAGGGCCCAUUGUCCUGGUACUGUGGUUCUACAGAAGCCACUAGCAAGGUCACCUGUGAGGCUCCUCUUGAUACACAAACAUAUUUUACCCUCAUGAUUUCUAGUUGCAGGGAUUUGGUGAUCUUUGUUUCUGCCAAUUUUAUGUCAAGAAAAGUUCAAAUCUCCCUCCUGUUUACCUCCUUUCAGUCACUCAGAGUCCUGUGUGAUCUCUGAUGUUGGAUUUGCUUCUCAGCCACCUUGGCCACAUUGCUAAAACCCUGGGGUUCCCGGGAGAACCCAGUAAAGGAAAGGGCUGAAACAAUACCAUGCUAACCAGUGACCCAGCUGUGUACCUGAGGAGCCGGUGCUCACCACUUGAGGAACCAGAGUGAUCAGGAGCAGACUGACCUCCUGACCCAAAGUGGGUGUGAACUCUCACCUAGAAAAACUAGGGUACCUUUGAAAACUGUAAUCGUCAUUUAUUGCAUGAAUUGGAGUAUCCCCCCUGCAGGUGAGAGGAUGCUAUCCCAAGCAUUGGACAACUGUACUGAAAUGUCACUCCUCUCAUUUGAAAGUAUGGACAACUAUUUAUAACUAGACUUCUGAAGAACUGUAUUUGAGGGUGUCAAAUCAAGCUUGUAAUUUAAAAUCUACACCAACAAAA